GUAGGCGUGUGACGUCAUCGCGCAAGUAUACGCUUUUGGAACAGGCAGCAGACGGCCUAAUGUUAUAGACAGAAAAUAUCGAGUUUCAACAAAAAUGGAAAAGGAUUAUGUAUGGCUCAUUAUGUAGACAAACCCAGGUCAUCUGAGCUGAAAAUGGUGCUGGUUGGGAGGACUGGAGCUGGGAAGAGUGCUGCAGGAAACACCAUCCUGGGUGAGAAGGUGUUUAAAUCUAAGUUCUCUGCUCGCUCUGUGACGCAGGAGUGUGAGAAGAAAGAGGGGAAUGUCUCUGGGAGGCCCGUGGCUGUGAUCGACACUCCGGGCUUGUUUUACACAAACCUGUCUGCUGAUGCAGUGGAAGAGGAGAUUAUGAAAUGUCUCCCCCUGUCUGCCCCGGAACCCCGCGCGUUCCUCCUGGUGAUAGAGCUGGGACGAAUGACCGAGGAGGUGAAGGAAACGGUGGAACGAUUGCAGGAGAUGUUUGGUGAGGAAGCUGUGAAGCACACUAUCCUCCUUUUCACCCAUGGGGAUGAACUGGAAGACCAGACGAUUGAAGAGUUCAUAAAAAACACUGAUGAGGACUUCCAGCAGCUUGUUGAGAAGUUUGGAAACAGAUACCACGUCUUCAACAAUAAGAACAUGAGCGAUCGCACUCAGGUCUCCGAGCUACUGGAGAAAAUAGACAGGAUGGUGACAGCAAACAAGAACAUUCAAGUAAAGGAUGCUCCAACGGGACUGCUUUCAAACUGGUCUCAAUGCAACACGCUGAGGAUGGUGCUAGUCGGGAGGACUGGCAAUGGGAAGAGUGCCUCUGCAAACACCAUCCUGGGCAGAGAAGCGUUUCUAUCUCGUGCUGAUGCUGACUCAGUAACCAAGCAGUGUGAGCAGAGAGAAGGGACGGUGGCUGGGAGACACGUUGAACUGGUGGACAUGCCAGGCUUGUAUGACACAAAGCGUCCUCUGGAAGAGAUCAAAGAAGAGAUUGCCAAAAGCAUCAUCCUGUCUGCCCCGGGACCUCAGGCUUUCCUCCUGGUGAUACAGGUGGGCCGAUUCACAGAGGAAGAGAGGAGAGCAGUGGAGCUCAUCCAGGAGAUCUUUGGGAAGGAUGCAGCAAAAUACACAGUUGUCCUUUUCACCCAUGCAGACAAACUGAACAACCAGAAAAUUGAAACAUUUGUAGGGAAGAACAAGGAGCUCAGGGAGCUGGUUGAGAAGUGUGGAGGACGCUAUCAUGCCUUCAAUAACAACAAGAACAAGAACAAGAGAGAUCGCACCCAGGUCACCGAGCUACUGGAGAAAGUAGAAAGCAUGGUGAAGGAGAACGGAGGAAGCUGCUACACCAACGAGAUGUACCAGCUGGCAGAAGAAGAGAUCAGACGAGAGCAGGAGAGGAUACUGAGGGAGACGGAAGAGGAGGAACACAAAAAGAAAGAAGAGGAAAAACUAAAGAUAGAGGAAGAGAUGAAACAGAGAGAAAAGGAGCUGGAGGAAAAGAUGAAGAGAGAGCUGGAGGAAAAGAGGAAGAGAAUGGAGAAAGAGAUGAAGAGAGAGCGUGAGGCAAUGAAGAAGAGAGUGCAUGAGGAUGACCAAAAGAGAGAGGAAGAGAUGAAAAAGAGAGAAAAGGAGCUGGAGGAAAAGAUGAAGAGAGAGCUGGAGGAAGAGAGGAAAAGAAUGGAGGAAGAGUUGAAGAGAGAGCGUGAGGCAAAGGAGAAGAGCAUGCAUGAGAAACAACAAAAGAGAGAGGAAGAGAGAAAAAAAGAGGCAAGAAAUCAGGCACAAAGUGGGGGGGGUAUACCUUGGAAAAUAUUGGGUAUAAUAAUAGGAGCACUAGGAGCAGCAGCACUAGGAGCAGCAGCACUAGGAGCAGCAGCAGCAGUAGGAGCAGCAGCAGCAGCAGCAGCAGCAGGAGGAGCAAUAGGAUAUCUUGCAAGAAAAAGAAAAGACAAAGGUGACUAGCAGGAGCAGAAGGGCAAUGGGAGGAGUAGCAGCGGAGCGAGGAUAUUAAAAUGAUAGAUAAGGAAGAACAAAAUGAUGAGAGUGAUUCAGCAGAACCUGAUUUAGUGAAAACAGCUUCAGUUAUUUUAAUGUUGACAUCAACAUAAGCCACAGCACAGCCAAGAUAUACUUUUUAUAUUUAACCCUUUGAAUUGAUUUGAAUGACACUGUGCACACGUGAGCCUCCCAUCUGUGUUCUUUACUUCACACACUCUCUAUUAACAAAGAUCUGAGGGGACUGAAGGACACAAAGACAGUUACUGUCCUGUCAAGAGUCCAUGGAGCCGAGUCACAUUGAGCUUAUUCUAGCUUCAAAGCCAAUGUGUUUGUUUGUUUUACUCGUCCCCUAGUUUACAGUCAUCAUGUUUAAGAAUCUGUGAGGGGAGCUUGUAUUAAUAGAUUUUUUGUGCUAAUGUGUGAAAUCUUGCUUGCAUUAAUACAUGUUACAUUUUGACAUA